AUGAGGUACAAAUGGAUACGCAAAGAUAACCCGACAGUCAAAACCAAGAGCUUUCAGUGGAGAAGCACCGAGGGCUCCUACCGGCGCGGACAAUGGCCAGGACCCUCCCUCACCAUCUCUUCAAUGGGUCGGUUGCCCGUUUAUCUAUUUAGAUGCGCCCUUGCCUUGCAGACAUUCGUCAUAGUCUUGCUUGUACGCAGGCUCUUUUUUGGACAAGUGGGGAACAACCUAGACGAUUGGGUUCCAGUAUCGCUUUCAACGUUUUCCACGCGUCCUGAUACUGCAUUUCUUUGUAUCAACAAAAGCCGCUAUGCUUUGAGUGCUUUCAACAGGUCGAACUCCACUCACUGCAGAGAUUAUUUUAUCAAUGUGAUGUGUAACGGAGCUGCCAUGAAACCUCUGGACACACGCACUGAAUGUCCUCACAGAAAACCUCCUGGUGACCAACCCGUAAUAAUCGGGUGUUACGCCAUCAACACGGACCUUCUUAGUUCUUUCGUGUUAACCGAACCCCGGCUGGACACUGAUUGCUUGCACCUUUGUCGACAGUCAGGAGUACGCUACGCAUUUACCACAGCCAGCAGGAUAUGUGGAUGCAGGCAGCAGCUACCUUCAACUGGGUCAUGGCUUCCACCAUCUGCCUGUUUCUCUCCUUGCUUGCUUCCCGCACAUGCAAAUAUAUCCAUCCAGCGGCUACAACUUCCGUUGUGUGGCAGCCAGGUCGCUAUCCAGGUAACUGAUACGGCCUCCUUACCUCCGUUACAUAAUCAGCCAGAUCCUUUGAGCCAGUCCACAAUCACUGCACCCGACGUCGUACGGCCUGUUCGAAUCGUCUACUUGUUGGUUUUACACGGGCGAAGCUGGUACCAAAUCAAGCGGCUUUUUCGUCUGAUUUUCUACACCCGUCAUUACUACUACAUUCAUGUAGACGCGAGAUCCAAUUACCUUUACCAACGGGUCCUUCAUUUGUCCAAACGUUAUCCACAUAACGUGUACGUCACGGAAAAGCGUUGGGUCCCAAUAUGGGGUGGGACGGAUCUGCUACUAAUGAUGCUUAGCGCCAUGCAUCACCUGAUUGUCGAUAUGGGUUCUAAGUGGCAUUGGGAUUUUUUCAUCAACCUCAGUGGCACCGACCUGCCUGUCAGACCACAAAAUCAACUGAUCGCCUAUCUCAGUCAACAACGAGGCAAGAUCUUCUUGCAUUCCAAUCCAAACAGACCUCAGUUCAUCGUUUCUCAGGGUUUCGAUCGACUGUUCGCCAGUUGCGAUCAGUACAUGUGGGACCUUGGUCCUCGUCCCCUGCCUACCGGAUUCGUUCUUGAUGGCGGUUCUGAUUGGAUGAUUUUGCCACGAGCGUUCGUCGAAUAUGUGGCGUUUACACGAGACGCAUUAUUCAACGACCUAUUGGAGUAUUUUCGGUACAGCCUUCUGCCUGUUGAGAUGUUCUUUCACACUCUGGCCCAGAACACCCAUUUUUGUGAUUCGGUUGUCACGCACGCACUGCGUUUCGCUCACUGGGAUCGACCGCGUGGUUGUGAAUGCAAAUAUGGAUCAGUCGUCGAUUGGUGCGGGUGCUCCCCAGUUGCAUUUCGUGGUUUGAGAGGACAACAGCAAUUGUGCGCUCGUGUCGGUGGUUGUCUUGGAUAUCAACCUAGUGAUGAACCAGUAUUCUUUGCCCGGAAAUUCGACCCAACGGUAGAUCUGGAAGUGAUGGAGUUUGUUGUCAAGACAAUGUUGGGUAAAGUACCCUACCAGUCAACCCGACAAUUCUACCUCGAGAACAUCUAUUCCGGUGAAUUGGAGGCUGAUAGCACAUCUCUUCGGUUUAUCAUGCCUGCAAUCUUUGAGGCUCAGCUGCGGCAGCUAGAGAACUUGGUUACUAUUUCGUCUCCGAUUACGACACCGUCUGAUUUCCACAAACACCUAGACGCUUUCGCGCUUUUCAACGCAACUUACCAACGGCUUAGUUUAAAUGAGGAAUUCCCUUCCCUGAGACACUAUCCGCCGAAACUGGUUUUGAGGGCUCCCGUAUUGAUCACUGCUGGUCGUGUCGCUCCUUACUCCCUUAUCUUGGAAAUCCUCCUACAACCGCCGUCGCUCUUGUGGACUUCCGAAAUUCCUGUUUCCCAGGUUGAAUUGGGCGACGUAAUUUAUCUAGAGGUGGCCACAAUGUUUGACGGAAAAGAACAGCUCGUCCGGAACUAUCCUCGUCUUUUGACCACGGCGGACACACUCCAACUUAUUGUCAUGUGGAAAGGAGAAAUUGCUGCACCAGGACGUCAACCGAGACAACUUUCUACAGUUGCCAUCACAAUAAGUCCAGCACAUAGUCAUCCUUCAUGUGUCGGCCAUUCCACCCUAUCUUUAGGUGAGGGGAAGCACGUGCUCAGUGUAUUCGAUUGUCCGAGCUGUUUUCUUUUGGUAGUGCCGUUGACCUCUGUCCUACACAAUUGCUCCAUUACUGAUGGCCUUUGGCGAGUGCAUGCACGAGCCAACAGCGGGCAAGUCGCACAAACACAGUUCUUCCUAUUCCCCCUUGCACCUAUAUCAACGGAUCUGCUGUCUUCGUCAACCUGGGGUUCUCUCCAACCAUCAAACUUCUGUGUUCACUCCGAGGGUGUCCCUGCAGAGAUUCUUUCAACCUUCUACAAGUGGAAUUGUUCUGUGCAUGAGUGGUCCACAUUUUCUGACGACCAUGAACCUGCCAUAAAAUAUAACUGCGUGAAGGGGUACCAGGAUCGGAUCAAACUUCUCUAUUCAUUUCUUGGCCGGCUAAAACUGGCGAUCCGUAUUAUUCUCCCUUCUUCAAACGAAGUUCGAACGUUUUUGUGCGGACGGACCAAAUUCACCCUGUCCUUCGACGUACGUUUUGCAUCAAUGAAAAGUGAGGUGGUCCUGGCGAACGUGCGCUCACCGAAUAUCCCAUCUGUAAUCCAAGAGAAAGCAUUUGAACUUGUGGAACUCUUGACGUGUCUUGAGGAUCUUAUAAGCUCCAAGUACAAUAUAAUCGAUCCACGACCACUGGACAGCUCGCUACCCCUUGAGUUGGUGCACUACAGAGAGACGUUCCUCGAAUUAUGCAGAAAUUUCUCGAAAUGCGACGAAAACUGUUGUACUUUGAUACUGCUUGGACAAAAGUAUGGCUUGCCCCUUCUGCCGCUCGAAAUCCCGGAGGCAGUGUUUGAGCGGAUCGAACAGCAGAUAAGGUCAAAGAGACACAAUUCCUACUGGAAAACUCUGCACAAAACUGAUCUGCGAUUGUGGUAUGAACUGGACGAUAACUGCCUUCCCAAUUCGAAGUGGGUGCUGAGACCGUUGGAAAAUCUUAUUCCGUCAAUAAGAUCGAAUGUAAGCAGUGAAUGGUUAGACGUGUAUCUACACAACAAACUUGGCAUUAUACGGAAUGCCGUGAGAAAGAAAUAUUCGGAUGGGUAUUUGAAAGAGAAGGUGUUGUGGAGGAAACCGAACGGACUGGAAAGAGAGUUUCACCUUGACUACUUAGAAGAAUUUGCCAAGAAUAUCAGUACGGCCCUUAAAGAAUCCAUUGACCUCAGGGCACGCAGGAAACUCGAAUUACUGUUUUCAAACCUGUCCAACGUACCUAUACCUAAGGAGGCACUUCCGGAAUCUCCUUCAACGACCUCGCAGCAAAGAAACUCGACUACAUCUGUUUACCUCUGUGAACAACCUGACUCUCGGGUGCACCGAACGCGCGAUCUGCAGCGCGGGCUUCGUGCAUGGGACCAAGCGUGGAACUCCGUCGCCCAUUUUAGAGCGGCUGCCUACUUAGGGCAAUCCUAUCCUGAGGAAGUUCAGGCAGUCUUGAAUUACCUUGAAGAUACAAGUGAAGCCUCUGAAGUUCCCUUGCUGGUUAGCCAGGAGCCAGGUUUGGCAGACGAAAGCUCGGUUGAUUUUGCAAGCGCCGUUGCAGCAGAGGCAUUUAUUCAGGUAACGCUUUGA